AUGACUGGUGUCCCUUGUUCCCAAGAGGAGAUCCUGCAGGCAAGCAGUGCACACUGGUGUUCACCUGAUGGUUUGCAGCUAGCCUAUCUUACCAUCAACAGUUCCCUGGUGCCCAGAAUGGAACUUCCCCAGUAUCUAGGAGGAAAUUACCCAACGAGCCGGCACUAUCCCUACCCAAAGGCUGGCCAGCGCAUCCCAUCGGUUCACCUUUUAGUGGUGAAUCUGUCUGGGCCACUUGGCACCCUGGAGUUGCUUCCUCCUGAAUCCUUCCAGGGCAGAGAGUACUACAUCACCAUGGUAAAAUGGGUGGCACAAUCCCGGCUGGCUGUGCGAUGGUUAAACAGGCCGCAGAACAUGUCUGUGUUGAGCUUGUGUGAGGCCACCACAGGGGCCUGCACUGAGAAAUACAAAGUGACCUCGGAUGCUUGGGUGGACAUGCAGGUAACAGACUUGACACCAUUUUUGGUUUCUACUGUUGGUAAUCCAGUGCCGGUGAAGCAGGGGGCCCGAGGAGAAUUCCACCACGUCACCAUGCUUUCUACACAGCCCAGCCGCAAGGAAAGCAGCGUGCGCCUCCUGACCUCUGGAGACUGGGAUGUGAUCAGGAUCCUGGCCUACCAGGAGCACAACAAGCAGCUGAGGACAAUUUUAGAUGAAGGUGAUCAGGAAAGAAACAAUCACAGGGAAGAUGGGGAUAUAGUUUAUGGGAAAGAAUUCUUCCUCAUACCACCUACACCUAGCGUCCACAGCCCGGAAAUUCCAGGCAGCCAGCAGGCCACAGAGGAAUUCCAUCUCGACUGGGACACUGCUCUCUCCAGCUCCCUGGGGGUUGUGGUGGUUCAGUUCGAUGGCCGAGGCUCUGGAAACCAAGGCCUCAAGCUCCUGCAUGAAGUCAACCGCCAGCUGGGCUACUUGGACAUCAAGGACCACCUCACGUUGAUGCAGUUGCUGCUGCAGCUUCCUUAUGUGGAUCGCAGGCGCACAGCAGUCUAUGGAAAGGCCUAUGGGGGCUUCUUAGCACUUAAGCUCCUGGCAGUAGCAGAAGACCUUUUUAAGUGUGGAGCAGCUGUAGCACCCAUCACUAGCUUCCGCUUCCAUGCUGCCACUUUCUCUGAACGUUAUUUAGGGAUGCCAGCCCGUGAGGAUGCAGCUUACACGGUGGCCUCUGUACUGGAGGAAGCCAUCCGCCUGAAGGACAGGAACUUCUUGCUUGUACAUGGAACUGGAGAUGGUAAGGCUGAACGUGGAUCCACUCUGAUGAUAAUGUUCAAGGAUGCCACAGUGCAUUUCCAACAUACCGCUGAGCUUCUCAUCCAGCUGUUGGCCGUGGAGUCUAACUACUCUACUCAGAUCUACCCAGAUGAAGGCCACACCUUUUUGGAUACCAGCCAGCGCCACCUCCACCAGACGCUUUCUGCCUUCUUUCAGGACUGCUUCAAGGACUCAAAGCAGGAAAACCUGAUAGCUGAGGAAGAUGAUGACUCGCCCCUGUUAAUGGACCAGAGAGCACUGUGGUUCCUUCUAGCUGGAGCAUGGGGGGUCCUGCUAUCUCCGAAGAGCGCAUAUAGUUUUGUACCGGAUGAUCCUCCCAACUUUCUCACUGAUGGAGUUAUGCAGGGCCCGCCCGAAGAUGCCGCUCAGGAGCAGGGUUACUACCUGCAACAGCUUUUUGGGGAGUACGGGGAGAAUGGCACCCUGUCCUUCGAGGGCCUGACGCGCCUGCUGCUUAGCCUGGGACUAGGGAAGGUGCAGGUGGUGGCAAUUGAGCAUGAUGCACUGGGCCACGGCCACGUCUCCCAUCUGGACAUCCUGGAGGUCCAAGAGAACAAGCACUUGCACUUCCAUUCAUCACUGGAGCACCUCCAAAUGGUUGAGCAUAGAAGCAAGGUUCAAGCAGAGGGUGUUACCCCCAGGAAUGGAUUCUCUCAGAUGGGCCAUAUUACCCCAGCAUCAGUACCUCCUGCACUCCCUGAUAUCAGUCACGUUACCAAAUCAAGCUCCUGGCAAACGACAGAACAUUCUGGGAAGGGUGAAACCCCUUUCAAAUCCCCCCCUGGACAUUCUGACCUAAAUCUUCUGGAGAGGGUCAUUGCCCUGGAUCAUUCUGUCUAUAACCACCUGCAUGAGGAUUGCCUCAAUGUAUCACAGUUGUUGGUGAAUUUUGGCUUGAAUCCUGUCUCCAAGAUCACUCCGGAGCAGUUCACUCUGCUGUGUCCAGCUUUGCUCUACCAGAUUGAUAGCCGGGUUUGCAUCCAGCACUAUGAUGAGGCGGAGUCUACUGGCAUGAUGGGAAGCUCUCUCUGGCCUGGUUUAGGCUGGGCAUUUGCAGCCAUCACCCUGACCAGUUUGCCUGCGGCAUUAGCCAUUGUCCUUGUCCCUCUUCUAAGGGGUGAAGUCUUUCAAUUCCUUCUCAGUUUUCUUGUGGCGCUGGCUGUGGGGACACUGUCUGGAGACGCUCUGAUGCACCUCUGGCCACACGCACAACUAAGAUCCCAUGGUCUAUUACCCUUGAACCAAGAUCUCUUAGCAGAUGAUGCAGUACUGAGGGGCCUGUGCGUGCUGGGAGGCAUUUACCUCCUGUUCCUCAUUGAGAAUCUCAUGGGAACACUGAAGAAAAUUCCCAGAAAGCAGGGCACUGCUGGAAAGCCAUCUGACCGAUCUGCUAAGAGAGAGGAGAGCAGCCAUGUUGGAGUUAGGGCAACACCUCAUGGUACUGAAUCUGAGAGUCUGACAAUGCCUGAAGAAGAAACUGGGACUCUCUUCAGUGAAGUCCAGGACUGUGCUGUCCAAAUCCACAGCUCGGAAGAAUAUGGGGCAAACUUGGAGAGCCAGGCAACAGAACUACAUCACCAUGGUCAUUCCCACAGCCCAUCCGGCGACCCCAGUGCUGGGAUUGCAGACAUAGCAUGGAUGGUUAUUCUAGGGGAUGGGAUACACAAUUUCACAGAUGGGUUGGCCAUUGGAGCUGCCUUCUCUGAUGGAAUCUCUAGUGGUUUAAGUACCACAGUGGCUGUAUUCUGCCAUGAAUUGCCCCAUGAACUUGGGGACUGUGCCGUCCUGCUCCAGGCAGGCAUUCCCCUCCGACGAGUGCUGUUCUUCAACCUGCUCUCUGCUUUCCUGGCCUACUGUGGUACAAUAGUGGGGGCCAUUGUCAGCAAGAGCACUUCAGAUAUCACCUCAUGGAUCUUUGCUAUCACAGCUGGCAUUUUCCUGUAUGUGGCCCUGGUGGACAUGCUGCCUGAGAUGCUGCACAGGCGCUCUCCCAGGGGUAAAAGAGGCUCCUUCAUACACUUUGUCCUCCAGAACCUGGGCUUCCUUCUGGGAGGUGCCCUUAUGCUCUGCAUUGCCAUCUUCGAAGGCCAGAUCAGUUUCCAUGUGGAUGGGUAGCACUUUCUCAACAUGCAACACCCAACCAUAAGGAGGGAAGGAAUGGGCCACUCCAGUACAAGCUCCUUCCCAUAGCAUCCCGAGGGAUGAUGAAAUUCACUGUAUUUUCCCAAGAGAAUGUCCAUUUGUAGGAAAACUUUAAGAGGAAGAUCAGUAGCACCAGUAAUACAUCAUUCUAUCUACUUGCCUCAACAUUUGGCAACAAGCCAAUGGUAUCCCUUCCAGUACCUUUCCCACAAAACUGGA